GUCGUUCAUUGACUUCCGGUUGUCAUGGCGGAAUGUAAACAAGCCGUAAUGCGGCAUAUUUGAAAGCUAUCUGUCAACCAUGCUGCACGAACUGCUGUUGGCAUUAUUAGGUCAUUCUGGGGGUGUAAUCAAAGACAAAGGAGAUGGUCUUAAGGUCCAGAGCGACCUACCAUUCUUGCACUCUGCUGAUGAAGAGCAGUUGAACUAUGUCUGCAGGCUGGGAACCCACUACAGCUUUCUUGUGAACUUUAUUAAGAGGCAUGGUACCGGCCACAGUCUUCCGAAUCCAAGUGGAAAUAAAUCAGAGGGUAUUUCAGGGUUGUAUUUGAAGGCAUUUUGCAGUGGCCUUGAUAGAGUUUUAGGAGGGUACAGGAAUAAAAUUUUGCAGCUUGAAUCGAGUCUUUUGAAGGACCCACAUCUGUCUGUAUCACACAUUGCUUGCCAGUUGCAACAGUACCAGUUGCUGUUCCCUGCUGUUGUUGCUGUUGUAGAACAAAUAUCUUCACACAAGGCCCAUGGGUGUUACAUUUUGGAUAUAGUGCACAAACACAGUGAGACUGGUCAUCCCUUGGUGAAAGACAAUCUCAUCAGAGUUCUGCAUGUGUGCCAUGGCGUGCUGUUCAAGCACCUGUGUAGCUGGCUGCUGUAUGGAUACGUGUAUGACCCAUACAAGGAGUUCUUCAUCCAGCCCAGUGACCGGUCACAUGACACACCACCUGAACAGGCCGGCCAAUCACAAGAGGAGGAGGAUGAUCUGGGCAUCAUGGGAGUUACAGGGAGACAACUGCAGAAACUGCUCAAGUUGAAUGUGACAGAGGCUGUAACAGGUGGUGGUCACAUGUUUGUGGUUCAGGCCGACCUACUGCCUAGCUAUGUACCACUUAGAGUCGCCAACAAGAUUCUCUUUGUUGGAGAGUCAAUACAAAUGUUUCAAGAGAAAGGAAAAUCUCUUUCAGAAGGGAAAGGUAAUAUUCUGAAGGGGGAGCAGGAGAAAUUUGCCAAGGCCCUUCAUAUUCUGGCUGAGGAGAUGCCUCUUAAUGGAAUGAAGUUUGAAUCUCUCAUCAAUGAAAUACGUACACAUGUAGCAGAGAUCCUGUGGAAAAUCCUGGUGCAGGACGCCGACCUGCUGGCCCAGCUGCGGGUCAUCAAGGACUUUUACCUUCUGGGUCGUGGGGAACUCUACCUGGCCUUCAUAGACCAGGCGACCCACCUGCUGAGAGUCACACCCACACCCACCACUGAAUAUGAUGUCAAUGCGGCCUACCUGCGGGCUGCCAGGAAUGUUCUGUUCCAUGACGAGGCUCUGCUACAGAGAUUUAAACUGACUGUGAAACAAGCACCAAAGACUCAGAAAAAGGAAGGGAGCAGUAGCAGCAGUGGCAGUAGUGUCUCGACCAGUGAGCCAGGAUGGAGCAGUCUGACACUCAACUACUCAGUCCAGUGGCCCCUACAUAUAUUCUUUACCCCCUCAGUCCUUGAGAAAUACAACCGCAUAUUCAGGUUCCUGCUGAUAGUACGACGGGCCCAGCUUGACCUUCAGCACUGCUGGUCUAUACAGAUGAGUCGGAAACAGGCGAACAAAGACAGGAAUGAGACCGCCAAGUGGCAGCUGAGAAACCACCUGUCUUUCCUCAUUGAUAAUCUGCAGUAUUAUCUACAGGUGGAUGUGAUAGAGUCUCAGUAUGGCGUGCUCGUAGACAAGAUUGAGAACACCCGCGACUACGAGGCGGUGAAGGUUGCCCACGAUCACUUCCUGUCCGCUCUCCUUGCACAGAGUUUCGUCCAUAUGAAGGCGGUGGCCAUCUGCCUUUACGAGAUACUUGACCAGUGCUCCGUGUUCUCAGGCCUGGUGGGCCGAUGUGAGACGCCUAUGUCACACAGGGAUACCUCUCAACUAGAGACAAUAACCAAGAAUCUCCAGCGCCAGACAAGCCUGCUGUUCAAGAUGCUGUCCAGUGUGCGCACCAACAGCUCUAGCCCCCACCUUGCCCAGCUGCUGCUGCGGCUAGACUUCAACAAGUAUUUCUCCAUAUCUGGGGGACAGUUUGGCAGCUUAUAGCAUAAGUGUGGCACAGUGGGUAUAGCAAGAUGCUGUCAUUGCCUGGACUGUUGAAUAUUCAUCAGGCGCGAACUGUGAAACAAUCAGGUUGUCUUUGACUUAUUACAUUAAGGCAUAGGAUGUGACACAUUCCUAUAAGAUAUGGACGUUGACAUAUUUCUUUAAGGUAUGAAAUUUAAAUAAAUCCUGUAAGGAAUGGACUGUAAUAUAUUUCUGUUAUUAAAAUACCAACAUAAUGUUCUACAGUUGAAGGUUAUAAUUUGUCGUUGAUAGAUUUGAAUGCAAAAUGGACUACAUGUAUAAAUAAAUGAACAAAAAAUG